AAUUUUUUGCUCGGCCUAUUACUAAGGCUCAAAUUCUGCUGCUGUGUCUUACCAAUUCUUAUGGUUUCAGAAAGUCUAUUUAAACAGGCCAGAACUGGAUAAAGGGGCCUUAGAAAAUAUAACUUGGAAAAUUGGGCUUUAUGCUACUCCCACUGCUUCCGGGCUUUUGUUUUUUUUCUGGAAUGCAUUGUAGACCUGAAGCUGGGAAAUUCAACUGCAGAGGUGGUUGUUAGUAGUGAAAAAGAUGUUAAUAGCUACCAAGACCUCACAUGUGCAAAAUUGUAGAGUUCCAAAAUGUCACAGUUCCCUCAGAAUGACAGCCUUUGGAGGUUCAAACUGAUUUCCUCAAGACUUGUCUGAUGCAGGCACAUGGUGCACACAGGACUCCAGCUGAGACGUGGGACAUGUGCUGCAAGCAGGAGCUGAUAUUUGAGCAAGGAGCAAAGCACUGGCAGCAGCGUGUGUGGAGGUCUUGGCUUAAGGCUGGUAAAGUCCCACAGCCACUGCCCAGCUUCAGACACUGGUGGGUCGUUCUCCAGGCUUUGCAGUUGGUGUCAUUGUGUGUUCGCAGCCCCAGCUCAGCCUCCGUGUUUCCUCACAGCAACCUGGAAGUGCCAGAGUGUAUUUUUAGUGUACUCCUGCUCUACAAGUUUUGUUUUCUGUUUGGGAGACAUAGAGAACUGUAACUUCAGAAGAUUAUAAAGACACAAAUGUAGCAAUCAGUAGCAGUACCAGAAUCAGUUGCUUUUAGCCCGUGCGCAACAGUGAAGUAACAUUAAUUUUUGCUUUAUUGUCCCAUUAAAAAUGCUGCAUUUUAGUUAUUGUUGAAUGAAACAGAAAUUUCCCAAACUAUCCCCCACUGAAAUGAUAUCUGUGGUUUUCCAAAGAUUUGAAGGAGUCAGUGGCAGCUUAUCAUGAACCUUUGCUCAGAAACUUGAUUUUUUUUUUCCUUGAUGCCAGUGUUUUCCUGAGAGUAAUGGAAAUCUGUAAUGGAAGUGUUUUCUCAAACCUGAAUUGUUUGUUGAAAUAUAUUGUAAGGAGACCCUGGUGACAUUUCCUCUCUGACUUUUAUAUUGGGCACCACAGAUUAAAUCUUUGGUCACCAAUAGGUUCAGUUAAGGUUAACGUUUAGGUUUUAGUUCUAUUUAGUCUGAGUCUGCUGUACCUUGGAGAGUCAGAAUUCACAUCAUGUGAGUGUUUUUUAGAGAAGGGGAGUGGUUUUGCAAUUCUACGUGUGUGGCUAUUUAUAAAAAGUGUAACAUUGGGUAUUUGAUGGAUUAACUGAAUUUUCAACUUGAUGAGCUGUCACAAUGGGGUUUUGAAGCAAUGAAAGCCAAACUAGAAAAAACAACUUGCUGUGUCCCUCUUGGGAGAAACUGUAGGUCUGGUACAUGCACAAAUUCUGCAGUGAGGGUUUGUGUGUGUGACUGAACAGAGAGAAAUGCAGUGGCUCAGACACCAAAAUUAAGAGAAAACCUCUCUGAUUUUAAAAAUCUUGGCAUCAGAGUAGUCAUCCAUAUGAAGUUGCUCAAAAACAUAAGGUAACUUUUUGAACUGAUGCCAAUUUUACUUUUGUGGAGAGGGGAGAUAAGUUAUUCAAGGCUAAAACACUGCUGGUUUUUAAAUUUUACAAUUAAAACUCUGAUGUCAGUUUAACAUUUAUCAGGGUCUGUAUGUUUCUACAUCCUCUGCUGCCUUCAGAACUGAGAAUUUGUGUUUUGUAUUGUUAGCUAGGGAAAGGUUUGUACUGCUUAAAAACUUCAGAAAACUACUAAGGGUGAGCGAGUGCUAGAAAAGAACAGUACUCCUCUUUGAUAAACUGAAGGGUAGUAAUUAGUAGGAUAAAGUAUCUGAAUGUUCUGUUAAAUCACAAAAUCUGGUAACAAAAUUAAGUUAUUCCAGCUGGAGUGUAUCAGAUCUUUCAUGUGGUCAACUCCACUACUUGAAAUAAGAGCUGAAGGUCAAGUCAUUAAUUUGUAAAUGCUUGUUAAUAAUUUUUACAACCUUGCACAUAAUUGAGAUGCUUCAGAGCUCAUUAAAACUAGCAACAAAAGGGCUGGAAAGAAUUCCAUCAUCUUUCCAUUGCCAGCAACAUAUAAUUGAAUCGUGGUAUAAAAUAUGCAAAUGUAAAUUAGAAGAAUUUCACAAUUUGCUCGUGCAGAAUUCUCCCCUGCUCCAUUGUUCAGCAACAGGCACUUGGCUGCAGCUGACGUUUUCCUGGUGGGUGGAUGCUUUGGAAAACCAUGUGUUGUAGAGAGAGUUAAGGUGUGGUGGAGGAAACACCUGUGCUCAGAGGCAGCUCUGUGGAAGUGGGUGGUGGAGGAGCAUUGGGACACCUAUACCCAGCACAUCAGGCUGGGGUUUGCUCCACAGUCGGCAGCAUGAGAGAUCAAAUAGACCUGCUGGCCACAGUCACCGUUCUGGGGGUCCUGGAGCAAGCCUAUUUUGCAAUGCAGGUGAUCUAUGCCCGUCGGAAGUACAAGAUUUCCCCUCCUGAAACAACAGGUCACCCUGAAUUUGAGCGGACCUUCAGAGCCCAGGCAAACUGCUCAGAGUACUUCCCAAUCUUCAUUUCCCUCCUCUGGGUUGCUGGAAUCUUCUUCCAUCAAGGUGUGACUGCAGUGUGUGGGCUCUUGUACCUCUACACCCGCCUCAAAUACUUCCAGGGCUACGCCGUGGCUGCGCAGGGACGGUUGGGACCACUGUAUGCCAGUGCCUGGCUGCUCUGGCUGCUGAUGGGGCUGGCUCUGGCUGGGCUCCUGGCACACUUCUUGUGGCCCAGCUCCUCCACAGGGAUGGCAGCACUGCUGUGGCCUCUCCAGCUCCGUGGUACCCACUGAGAGGAGCCACGGCUCUCCCAAAACUCACUGUUUGCCCCAGCACAGGGGAGCCAGGCAUGUGGCACCAUCAGAGGGAGAGUAUUUCCCUGGCUCUGCAUUCCCUGCUGAAGGGAGGUGGGUGCUGGCACUCCUCUGCUCUUCAGAGAUAAUUUCCCUUCUUGAAAGCAAAUGCUUUCCAGCCCCUGCCCCCGCUGAGGUGGUUCACUGCUUUAGAGCACUGUCUGCUCUAAAAUGCCUCUGGCUCUGCCUCAUGGAGCACACACUGACCCACAUGCUGUUGUCUCUCCUCCUUACUGCUGUAAUGAUCUGUGUUGAAGAAUCACACCAUGGAUAUACAAAAAUAAAUUGUUUUUCUCACUAGAAAUCACCUGUGAUUGUCAAAGGUGCUCAGAGACUGGUGUGAGAACAUCUGAGCUGGGGAUUGGGUUUCAUAGGAAAAGCUGCUGUGAUUAACUGAAAAGGAUGGGUAAGCUUGCCUAAAACCACAUUCAAACACUGGGAGAAAAGCCUGACCCUAGUCCAAGUACUAAAGUCUGUGUCUGGCAUUGAUUGAAUGACCUUUACUUUGCCCCAGCUCCACUUCUCACCCACCCUGCAACAGGACCUUGCCCUCCCUGGAUUC